AAGCGGGAUAAAUCGAAGCGGUUGUGUUGUUUUGUUUUAGCAGACAGUAUUUAAGUGAAAAAAAUGAUGGCAUUUUUACAACUUUUUGCACUGGCACUGCUUGGCACAGCAAUCGCAGUGCGAGAUCGUGUUCCAAUACCAUCAACUGUUACACCGAAGGACAUCAACAGGUGUCUUCUUGUUUUUCAAAGCCUCAAAGGAAUUAAAGAAAGGGAAAUUGAAGGUCAAUAUCCCUGGGUGCCUCUUGGAAACACUUGUUAUGGUGCUAAACCAAACAUUUUUGGAACUGUGACAAUGCCAAAAGCAGGAACAGUCAUUGCUUUGAAACUGACAAAUAUCCGCGGUUCCUAUUCAUGCAGUUUGUUUGACGCAAUCUUUUCAAGUUCAUCUAAGAAUUACUGGGGCUGUGGCAAGUCUGUUGCCACAUUGGUAACAAACUCAAGAAACCAUGUUCUUCUACCCAAACCUGGACAAGUAAAACCAAAUAAGGAAUGGUCUUACAUGUUGCCUAACUUUAACCCUGAAAGUCCCUACUUGGUUCUAAGCGACUACAAAAGCAAAGCAAUUCGCUUGAGCAAAGAUGAGAAGUUGAGAAUCUGGUUCGGAGAAGACUUCACCAAACAACCCUCCGUUAGCAUUUCGAGAAAGCACUGCAUUUCAGUUGAGGCAAAGAUCAUCUCGGAUGAUAAUCACGGAUUUUAAAAGAGGACUUUAUUUGUAGACUUGCUUUCAUUUUUUUUAUGUUUGUUUAUUAGGUUUUCCUUAUUCCUGUUGCGUUUCUAGUUAAUUAAAACGAUUGGCUGUCCCGACUGUCCUAG